AAAGGCCCAAAAUGAGUUAUGCCGAAAGUCUUAAACCCUGGAAUGGAGAAAAAUCAGUCCCUCUCUCUCUGCAUAUGGCUACCAGGCGUUUGAGGGCAUUUAAGCGAUGGAUGAAGUCCAAUGGAUUCGAAUGGAGCGAUGCAUUGGAUUUUGUGGACACUCCAGAAGAUGGAAUAGCUGUUAAAGCAUUGUGUGAAAUGAAAGAAGGUGAUGUUGUUGCAAAAAUGCCAAAGGAAGCUUGUCUUACAAUAAAGACUAGUGGUGCAUGUGAAAUCAUUGAAAAUGCUUGUUUGGGUGGUUAUUUGGGAUUAGCUAUUGCUAUUAUGUAUGAGAGAAGUUUGGGUGAGGAAUCCCCUUGGGCUGGUUACCUUCAGCUUUUGCCUCAACAAGAAUCUUUGCCUUUGGUUUGGACUAUUGAUGAAGUUAACCACCUUUUGUGUGGUACUGAACUUCACCAGACAGUGCAAGAAGACAAAGCUCUCAUCUAUGAGGACUGGAGCGAGAAUAUUCUACCCCUGUUGGAUUCAGAACCUUCAAAGCUUAACUCGAUAUUCUUUGGUGUGGAACAAUACUUUGCAGCCAAAAGUCUUAUCUCAUCACGAUCCUUCGAGAUAGAUGAUUACCAUGGUUUUGGCAUGGUUCCCUUGGCAGAUCUUUUCAAUCAUAAAACGGGUGCAGAAGAUGUGCAUUUCACCGCUUUGUCUUCUAAUUAUGAAUCUGAUGAUGAUGAGGUUGAUGAGGGCAUUGUUGAUGAAGAAGCAUUGCCUCAAAAUACCUCUAUGGAUAAGACUGAGGAGUCUGUUGUUAGCGACAUGGAAUGUUCUUCUGUUACUGAGGAUGAUACUUCAAUGCUGGAGAUGGUUUUGAUAAAAGAUGUUAGCAGUGGAGCUGAGGUAUUUAAUACUUACGGCAUAUUGGGUAAUGCCGCUUUGCUUCAUCGAUAUGGAUUUACUGAGCAAGAUAAUGCCUACGAUAUCGUGAACAUUGAUUUGGAACUGGUAAUUCAAUGGUGUUCUUCUUUGUUCUCUGACCGCCACAGCAGAUCAAGAAUCUCUCUUUGGAGAAGGUUAGGCUAUUCUAGUGGCAGCGAAAACUCGGAAUAUUUUGAAAUAUCAUUUGACGGAGAACCACAGAUUGAACUCCUCAUUUUAUUAUUCAUCAUAUUUUUACCAGAUGAUGUCUACAACAAAUUAGACUUAUCAGUAGCAAUUGCUGGAAAUUGUCAUGAAUCAAGUGAAACCACUCUUUUGAUUGAUAACAUUUUUUCAUUGAAGGAAUCUAAAAUGAGCAUGAAACCUUUGUUGACCAAAGAAGUUUGUGAUGCUUUGUUGUCGCUAGCUGAUAUAAGGGAGAGUCUCUAUGGUUUGAAGUCAAUAGAAGAUGAUAUUGAGGCAUUGGAAAAGUGUAGUUUUGUUGGAGAUAAAAAGGUGUAUCAUUCUUUGGUGCUGCGUAUCAGUGAAAGGAAGAUCCUUCAAAAACUCAGAAAUUAUGCUUCAAAGUCAUAUAAGAUUACUAAUUCUAGUUCUGCCAGGAAGAAGUUGAAAAGAGCAACAAAGAGAGGAAUUUGAUUUUUUUUUUUUUUGUAAGUUCUUUUUAGUUGUUUUUUAUUUCUUCAUGAGAUGCUCUAACAUUUAUUAUUUUUAUAUUGUUGUUUUGGUUCAUUGAUUUGUGCAAAUUGCAAAGCUGCAUAUCAUAUGUACCGUUUUGGAUUUUGAUCAGCCAACAAAAAUCAUGUAUUUUAACGUACCAUUUGCGUUGUUAUAAUUUAUGCUAUGAUCUUUACA